AUGGCCGUACCUACAGGCAAAUGGAUAGCUUGCGGAGCCAACGACUUUCGGUUUCAACUCUUCCCCUACUUCAGCAUCGGAAACUUCAGUCUUGCAGUUCAGCAGAACUUUACCGACGCGACUUGUGACAUCAAUCCACAGGAAGUCAUGUACCAGCAGCAUGCACACGGUGAUUGCAACAUGGCCAGCAACGGCAGUGUCUCGCUCGAGGUCGAGGCAGAGGCUUGUACUUCACGCGAUGCUACGACAAUCUUCGAAGUUAGUGGCUCAUUCGACAACGGUCCAGAGGACAUUGUCCUUGUCGGCAGUAUCCCAGAACUCGGCAACUGGUCUCCCACUCAAGCAGUGUCAAUGUCGGUCACGAAUCCGCAAAGCGCAGGAGUCCCUACGUUUGGGGCUAGAAUCUCGAUUGCUGAGGGCACGAGUUUCGAGUACAAGUACAUCAUGCGGGAAGCUGAUGGCUCUGGAGCGACAUGGGAAUGUUGCGAGAACCGGGUGUAUACGGUCGCUGCCAAUUCUGCGUGUAGCGAGAUCAGUGUCGGAUCGGACUGGUUCCGUAAUGGUGGUGAUGCAGUCCAGGAAUAG